CGAUUGUAUUGGUCGGAAAGUAAAAUCCCGUGUAGCUACACAACUUUUUUUUUAAGGUAUCUCACUGGAGGUGGAGAGUUCCUGAUUGUAGUUGGGACGUAGUUAAAAAGUAAUAUUACACAAAAAAUGGGAAACCGAGAUGAUGAAUACGAUUAUUUAUUUAAAGUUGUGCUUAUAGGAGACUCUGGGGUGGGGAAGAGUAACCUCCUGUCCCGUUUUACGAGAAAUGAGUUUAACCUGGAGAGCAAGAGCACCAUUGGGGUGGAGUUUGCCACCCGCAGUUUGCAGGUGGACGGCAAGACCAUCAAGGCUCAGAUUUGGGACACAGCCGGACAGGAGCGCUACAGAGCCAUCACCUCGGCGUAUUAUCGUGGCGCAGUCGGGGCUCUCCUGGUGUACGACAUCGCCAAACACCUAACGUACGAGAAUGUGGAGCGCUGGCUGAAGGAGCUGAGGGAUCACGCCGACAACAACAUUGUCAUCAUGCUUGUCGGCAACAAAAGUGACCUACGGCACCUCAGGGCAGUGCCGACUGACGAAGCUCGAGCCUUCGCAGAAAAAAACACGGUGUCAUUCAUCGAAACCUCCGCCUUGGAUUCCACCAAUGUGGAAGAAGCCUUCAAGAAUAUUCUUACAGAAAUCUACCGCAUUGUAUCUCAGAAGCAAAUAUCAGACAGAUCAGCGCACGAUGAUUCCCCGGGAAACAACGUGGUGGACAUCAGCAUCCCGCCCACCAUUGAUGGACAGAGAGGCAACAAACUAGCAUGCUGCCAAAGCCUGUGAAGCUCCUCCUCCUUUUUCUUUCUCCCUUUUGAUUUUUGAUCAUCCACCUCUUCUUUACUUAGUCUCGCAAGACUGCCGUAUCAGAUGACUCGGCAUUUAUCCGACUUUUUUGCCUUUUACACAGAACUGAACGUGGGCAGGAUUUUUCCUCACAUUGCGUUGUGGCUUCCUGCAAUGUGAUAAUUAGGUGAAUAACAAUUGCUUUCAACACAACAGGACAGGACUCCUCCUCUGUCCGCAUCAUUCCUACAUACAAGACCCGUCCUGCCUCUCAUACUACCUCCAAAGGCUGGCAAUUGCCGAGUCGACUUCCUCCCUCCCAUUCUGUGUUGGUGCUGUUAAUUCACAAUAGUGACAAGGUGGGGAAAGGUGGAAAAGUGCUGGCUUUCACAGGCAGUGUGAAAGGGGCUUAAGUCCAUCACAUGCUGUCACUGACGCCAACAAAGAAGACCCAUUUUGGAUAAACCCAUAUUCCUGUCAUUAACGUUCCUAUUGACCCACUUGUGUGAGAGCGGUGGCGAGGGAUCUGAGUGUUCCAUGAUUUUUACCUUUUUUGCACUGACAUGUGACACACCGUGCUGCAAAUUCUGUCUUCUGAAGUGAGAGAAGUUUGGCGGGGAGAGGCGACGAGGAGUCCACACGAGCCAGGAAGUAGACCGGCUGUGACUGUCUUGACUCAAUAUGCAAGAAGGAAGAAACCAUUCAAGUUUUAAAAUCACACCAAAGGACGACAGAUGCAAUCAUUAGCACAACUGGCAAAGCUUUUUGCAAGCAUGAUCGAAUGUGAGUUAGUGUUUAUAUUUGGGCUUUGUGUGUGUGUGUGUAUGUACCACUUUGAGAGUUAAAAACCAUUUGCACUCCCAAUCAUUUCAGUGUCUCAAAUUCAGAUGUCCUUUUACACUGGUGUGACCUUUUCAGGAAUAAAUGUGUCAUCUGAUAACGUUUUAUGUGGGAACAUGAAUAACACUCCCUCUUGAGAAAUAUCCAGUAAAUGUAAUUUGUUGAGGAAAAGAACCUGGAAGCAUGUGUGACUUAUUGCGUCAAGACAUUUCACAUUUCUUCUGUACUUUGGGACUGAAAAUUGCUGAUGCGUCAAUAAAGCCAAUCUGCAUGAUGGUGUAUCCAACUUAUUUUUGGA